CCAAAUGAACAUUUGGCUGCUGAUUUCAUUGCAGAUAAUUUUCAAAGAGGAUUUUAGAACUAAAGUCCAUGGUGGAUAUUUUGACCAAUAUGGAAUUAUCCGAGACAUUAUUCAAAACCAUCUGCUUCAGGUUCUCUGCUUGGUUGCUAUGGAAAGGCCUGUUUCUCUCAAUCCUGAGCACAUUCGAGAUGAGAGAGUGAAGGUUCUUGAAUCAGUAGUACCUAUUAGCGACGAUGAGGUUGUUCUUGGACAAUAUGAAGGCUGUAGAGAUGACCCAAUCGUACCUGAUGAGUCGAACACUCCAACUUUUGCAUCUGUUAUUCUGCGCAUACACAACGAAAGAUGGGAAGGUGUUCCUUUCAUACUAAAAGCAGGGAAGGCCCUAAAUUCUAGAAAAACAGAGAUACGAGUUCAAUUCAAGGAUGUUCCUCAUGAAAUUUUCCAGAAAUUUUCUGGUACCGUCAGAAGCAUCGAAGAAAUGGGUUUCGUAUCUGCCUACAAGCCUUUAGAAACUACUUACAUGAAGCUUAUGGUAUAUGAUCGCCUACGUUUCGACGAUUCUCUAUAUUGUCAGAUUCAUUCAUUGAGAUUGGAAGUUUGA